CUCUCCUCAGCACCACUGCCAUGUCUCUUCAGGUUCUUGUAUUGUUUACUGUGGUGGCAGUUACCUUCGGUAGCACAGUCCCAUCAUACAAUACUCCUGCGCCAUCCUACGGUGCCCCUACUCCGAGCUACAGAGCUCCUUCCCCAUCCUACAACGCUCCUGCCCCUUCCGGACCUGCUCAAUACGAUUUUAACUAUGCAGUGAAGGACGACUACUCUGGCAACGACUACAAUCAUCAAGAAAAUCGUAAUGGUUAUGAUACUCAGGGAGCCUACUACGUUCUCCUUCCCGACGGCCGAGUACAGAGAGUUGCUUACACCGUGAACGGCGACUCCGGAUACGUGGCCGAAGUUACCUACGAAGGAGAGGCCCAAUACCCUGCUUACCAACCAACCCCUUCUCGUUCCUACCAACCGGCUCCUACCCCCUCCUACCAGCCUACUCCUAGCUAUGCAUAAUUCGUUUACUUGAAACAAAUUUAAAAUGUACAUAAAUUAUUGAAUUACAUAUAAAUUGCAUUUCAACUCCAUUUUUCUA